AUGAUGGGCGGCAAGGGUGUUGUCAACAGUGGCCAGGUUCACUUCCUCCGAGAUCGCAACGGGCGGUGCAUGACAGACUACAACGGCAAGAUCAUCCUACCGCAGCGGCGUGGCCCCAUGGAUGUUAGCCAGGCCCUGCAGAAACCAAAGGAGGAGCUCAUGCCCAAGGCUCGGCACGGCGACACGCCUGAUGAGCAUCCGGCUGGCGCGAAGCGGAGGAGGAUUGCUGGCAAGACGCACGACCAGCAUGGCGCCUACUGUGACGUCGCAGUUUCAACGCCAAGCCCAGCGCGCCCCUCGCCGACCUCGACUCCGGAGAAGCUCGUUCCCCGCCCUCGGCCUUCGUCGACCCAGCUCGGCAAGGGCAUCGAGAAAGUCAUGGUGUGCGCUGGGAACGCACUGGUCGCGGCGGCCGCUCCCCCAGCGCCGACGCAGGCGGUGGCGGCCGCUGCCGCAGCUCCACCAGCGCAGCAGGCAGCGACGCAGAUGCAGAUGGCGACGGCCGCUCCAGCAGCUCCACCAACGCAGGCAGCGACGCAGAUGCAGAUGGCGACAGUCGCUCCAGCAGCUCCACCAGCGCAGCAGGCAGCGACGCAGAUGGCGGCGGCCGCUCCAGCAACUCCACCAGUGCAGCAGGCAGCGACGCAGAUGGUGGUGGCCGCUCCAGCAGCUCCACCAGUGCAGCAGGCAGCGACGCAGGCGGCGCAGCCCUUCCAGGUCCCGCGGCAAGCUGAUGGAUCGAUUGACCCUCGUGACUUGGAGAUCGCUGUCAAGUCGGCCGUGAAGAGCCUCACCGACCAGGAGCACAUGGCGCUCUGGAACAGAAUGACCAGGAAGACGACCAGUCGCGAGUGCCCCCCGCUCCUCAAGGAGAACGCCAAGACCCCCAUCUUCGAGCUCUUUCUCGCCUGCGGGGGCGACGUUGGCAAGAUGACCGCAGUGGAAGAGAUCACCCUCACCAAUACCGACGCCGAGGACACCGUGUGGGCCUGGUUCACGAGAGACGACCUGAUGAAACACUACUAUGGCAAGACGCUCAUCUGCUACCAGAUGUCUACUAACACUAUCGGCACGGCGCGUGUCACCAAAAGAACGUUGCAUUGGUCAGGGCAGCUCACGGGCAACACGGCCCUCGACGUCAAAAAGCCCCCCUCGAAUGCCAAAGAGCUGGUGCAGGCCUACGUUCAGUACGUCAAUGAGCCGAACCAAGAGAUCGCGGAGACGCUGAGUGAGGUGACCGAGCACGCGCGCCGUGCCACAGACAACAUCGCGACGGCCGACAGCAUGGCGGGCGGCAAGAAGAGGAAGCUCCCCGUGGUGCCGCAAAACAUCGUGGCCGAACUGACUCUCGCCGGCGCCGCGGGUGCUGUGACCGAGACCGAGAAGGCCGGUGCUGUGACCGAGAACGCCGGUGCCGUGACCGAGAAGGCGGGUGCUGUGACCGAGAAGGCGGGUGCUGUGACCGAGAACCCCAUGACCGAGAAGGCCAGCGCUGUGACCGAGAACCUUGGCGGGGCGGAGGCGAUGGCGGCAGCGCUUGCCAUCGCUCAUACUUCGGCAGAGCAGCUCCACGCUGCGUUCGUAUGGAGCUGCGAGGUUAUGCUGCGCGGGGUCUACCCUGACGCGGUGAUCAUGGGCCUGAAGGAGCGGCUUCAGAACUCAGGAGAUGCUGAUGUUGAUUUCCCGACUUUCUGCGCGGUCCAUUCGCCGUACCUCAACAGGUCCGAGAGGCCGGGCGCUGUUGCGGGCGGCGCAGACGAGAAGAUCAGGGCAGAUGUUGCUUCGAUCUUCAAAUGCGAUCCGCAGCCGCAGCCGUCUAGCAGAUUGCCCCUCAAUCCGUUUAAAGUUUGCAAUUUGGCACACGCUGGGAUUUGCGAGUCCGACCCUGUUUUCAACGGAGCCACGGUCGGCAGCUACAACCUGUAUGUGAUGCUAGGGCGUCGCAGCGCCAAGGUUGGGCCUCGGCUUCUUCGUCUAGCCGUGGGGGACGUGCCAGCUAGUGUGGGGUACCAUUUUAUGUGCCGAUGCUUCGGUCGAGGCGACUUCUGUCUUUUCGCGCGGGCAGAGCAGGUCGACGUAGCUGGCGCGCCCGGCGCCGGCCGCCAUGUCGCCCUCGCUGCGAACGACGACAUCUGCGCCGUCAGCACGUCGCAGCAGGUGUUCCGCAGGGUCCUCCUGAAGGUGAGCCUGUUCAGCCACGAGCCUGCGAAGGAGUUCGACUGGUGGGCCGCGCGGGUGGUCGAGGAGACCAGCUUCGACGUCCCCCUCGUCGCGCGCCUGCGGCAGCCUCGCAAGGCGAAGGUCGCCGAAGGCCCGAAGGCGGCGCUCCCGUUCGGCAUCACUUGCGAGGAGGACGAUGUCAAGGGCGACGAGGGCCACGAUGACAAGGACACCCAGGGCUCCUCCGACGGCGACGGCGGCAUGGCCGACGUGGGCGCCGUCGACGGGGGCGACGGCUUCGACGCGGGCAUCUCGUCCGAGAGCGAGCUCGACCCUGCCGCCGAGUCCGACCAGGACUAUGCCUCGGAACAGACGGGGUUCAACUGGGUUUUCAGCGGCGCGGCUGACUCCGAGGGCGCGCCUCCGGUGCCGUGGAACGCCGCGGGCUUGAAGGGCUACGGCUUCGCCCCGAGCAACAGUGGCUUGACGUGGGCACGGUGCCUCGACGAUAUGGGCGCGGUUUUUUGCUGCGCCACGCUGGGCCAGCGCGCGCCGGCCAAAAGGAAGUUCAAGGCACUGAUGAAACAGCUCAAGACGGAGAAACGCAAGACCUUUCACCUCAGGAGAUCACCAGUCAUGCCUGCCGUCGCUUCGAAGGGCGUUGACCCCAAGAAGCCAGCGACUGCCAAGAAGCCCGUGAACAAGUGGCGCCAGAACCCACCGCAGCAUUGCGAGAGUUGCGACCAGGACACGCACAGUCUGGAUCGGGACGCGCCUCCUGGCCGUCCCGUGCAUUUAGCUUGGACGAAGACUGCAGCGGAUCACAGACUGAAGAGCGGUUAUCCUUUGUGCGGGCGCGAGUGCUACAAGUGCGGAGACGCGCGCAGGAGCAAUUUUCAUAACAUACCACAGCAGCAACUUCUGGACCAGAGGAAGAUGCCCCCUGAGCUUGGUGAGCGCUUCUGCUGUUUGCGCAAGAAGAAGGUCGGAGGGGAAUCGUACCACGAGUCCCAGGAGAAGGUCGAUGUCAACGCGUACAAGACGCAUGACCGCGAGGAGGCAGCAACAGAGUUCUUCCGAGAGGGUUCUUGGAUCGAGUUGUGGAAGUUCGUGGGGGGCCACAGGAUGCGCAUGACGAAGGAGACCCACACCGAAGAGCAGGCGAUUCAAGCUGUCCUAGCGAAGUACCCUCGCUACUCGUGCGACUACGAGGAGGAGGGCGUCAUGGGAGUGGAGAUCGAGGACGAGCACAGGGGCAUCAAGAGGUUCAAGCGCGGCGUGAAGAAGUCCCAGGACAAGAUCAAGGAGCGCAUGCACGAGGACCUGAAGGCGAAGCACCUUCGCAUUCCAGUGAGGUGUGGCAAGCAGCCGGCCUCCUCCGUCGGCGACCCCGAGCACGUGCUGACUCCUGCGAAGAGGUCUGGUUCGUGCCUCGGGUCAGCUGCUUGCUCGGACGUGCCAGGUCAGAAGAACAAGAAGUCCAAGGGCGAUGACCUUCUGAUGGAGAGCGCCACGGCCAUGCUCGCCGAGCACAAGGAGAAGUUCACGAUUGAUCUAUCUUGCCAGCUCUCCGACUUGGCCGAGGUCUUGGAAACGCGCCAUUCCGUCCUGGAGAAGAUUCGCAUAAGUUUUAAAGACGUCGUCCUCGGGAAGGACACCGACAUCCAGAGGAAUCAGGUGAGCCAGGUGUUGAGCAGUGCCACAGCGGAGUUGUUGUUGUCCAUGAUGACCACGGAGAUCCAGAAGGUGGCCGACGAAUCCAUCGCGAAGUCCCAGCGUGCCUUGGUUCUCUACAUCGUCGACCGCUUCUGGCGCGCACAAGACGUCAGCAUCAUCGUCACCCUGUCCAAAGUAUUGUUGAGCGUGGCCCCUGAGCUCGACAACGUCAAGCUCUCCGAACUCAACGUUGCAGCGGACUCGGGCGAGUUCAUCGAAGGGAAGUGGGCGCGCCAAGCAGUCGCUGACUUGACCAUGAUCGUCGUGGGGGGCCAGGUGCUGGAGUGCCACAUGCACUCAGGCGAGCAGAGCAGGGAGCUGCGCGCGAAGUGCCUGAUGAUCGCGGAGCACAAGGACAAGCUAAGCUCUCGCCGCAAAGCCUUCUUCAAGACCGUGCACGGCGCGCACGCCAAACACGGGGGGACGGCUUUGGACAUCAUUGAGGGGGUCUACAGAGCCGCAGCCACCCGCCGUGAGCCAGCGACAUCCGACUUGGGCGCCCUGGCGGGCUUCGCAGGGGAGUUGCGCGACGAGUUGCAGGCGGCGCUUAAAGUCGGCUGGCGAGAGGCUGGCAACGCCCUCAUUGAGCGGAUCGACCCCGAUGACGAUGCAGGUGUCGAAUGUUUGAACAAACUCAAGGCCUUGGGCGAGUACUCUGGCCAGCUAGACGCCCAGCCCGCAGAGAAGGUUACCGAAGAGCUGACCGCCAUUGGCAACGCUGUGGCGUCUACGCUGCUGGCUAUGCUGGACGGUCUGCUCGAGGAGGUCCAACGCCACAGCGCGAUCUUGGGUCAGAUUUGCGAUGGCCCCCCCGUCAAGCAGGGCAACGAUGCUGGUGACUCGGCGGGGGGCGGGCCAGAGGCAGUGGGCGCCGCUGCUGCAGCAGAUGGCGCAGAUAUUGAUGAGUGCGCGUUGAUUUUCAACCUUCAUUGCUGGAUCCUCGGCAUCUUGAUGCACUACGACACGUUUGCGAAUCAGAAGAUCAAGCAGUGCAAUGAGAUCUCCGACCUGCACGCCGCCGUUAUCAACGAGGCCCCCCGAGAUCUGAACACCGAUGAUGCGACGAGGUUGGCGUUCACAACGUGGUCGAAAUACUGGCAGAUGGAGCGGAACAUCAAGGAGGGGUCUCGGGUCUUAGCCGACGACUGCGGCAAUGAAUUGAACGCGUUCACACAGAAAGCCGCUGCCCAUAAGUACCUUUUCCAGGGCUGCUACGACGAGAAGGCUGGCGUCUCCCCUGCCGAGUUGAUCCCUGGCAUGGCGGCUGGCCGUUCAAUUCACAAGGCUUCCGACGCGGCCAAGAGCAUCGAGAACGACAUUUUCCGCGGAGGCAUGGUCGAAGUGGUGGCGGCCAUGGAGGGCUUGCACAAGGCAAAGAGCGAGGCGCCCGACGUGUUCACGAAGUGCAACGACAUGGAUAAGAUCAACGCCAAGCUGGAGUGCGAGCUCACGAGCCGCGCGACGUGGCCGAAGGCCAAGUGCGAGUCCGCCCUCACGGCCAUGGAGCAGUUCAGCUCUAAGGAACAUGAGGUGGUCGUGAAGGCUGCCGAAGUCGUCGUGCAGCAGUCUGGCGUCUGGCAUCAGAUCGCCGAGAAGGCCCUGAAUAACAUGAGCUGGUUCGCACAGGACUGCCAGCGGAAGCGCGAUGUCGAGCAUUGCGCCGCCGAGCUCAGCGCCUUCGUCGAGUGCGCCAAGCCGCAGCUGGCCAACAUGAUGGCUGAGGUCAUGAUUGCCAGCGCCAUCUUGAUGUAUCAGAAGGCGCUGCAGCAGAAGGUGUUGGACAUCAGCCAGUCCGACGCGCCUUCGACCUCGGGCGGGGCCGACGACGUUGGCGCCGGCGCUGGCGGCAGCGCGAGCAGCGCGAGCAGUGCGCCCGCCGUCGGCGGGCUGAAGAUCAAGAAGCUUCAGAAGAAGCCCGCAUUCCUUCUGUUUUUGAGGGCGCAUGCGCACAGGGCCGACCCGGCGGCGCUCUGGGCCGACGCCGCGAGACACACUCAAGGCUACGCGAAACAGGCUCGGACCAUCGCCGAGCUCCAGCGCAUGGGCCAGCAGGCGAUCGCCUUCGGCCAGGCCGCGUGCGCCGCGCUGCCUCGCGCCAUCCUGCACGGGGCGCCGCUGCCCGCGACGUGCCUGGCCUCGAGCGGGCUGGGUGGGCUCGUGCACAAGCCGCACGGAGCGCUUCGGGCCGAUGAUACCUUCCGCGCAAGGCCGUAUGGACCGCGAGCUGUCCGCGGCCUCGUUCGCCACCUACGAGGGUCAAGCUCCGAGAGACACCUGGGCCGUCUCAGGCGUCGGGUCCCACAGCAUGGCGCUGCACCAGUUCAAGAUGGGGAGUCCUGGGCCAGGCCCCUGGUGCCGCGCUCGCCAUGGCAGCAGGAGAAGGGCCGCCGGAAUCGCACGGUGCCGCUGUUGUCCGUCGACUUGGAGGCCGCGAGGCACGCGCCGGCGCCCUGGCGGCAGCAGGUGUGAGGCGCGCGGCCGCGGUGUCGGCAUGUGCCGGCGCGUCGUCGUCGCCGGAAGACCCGAGGGCGACGACGGGGCGGAGGGCGAGGAAAUGGCGCGGCUUGGGCCAUCGAUAUCACCCGCGCGCCCGCGGGCGUCGCACUCGGCGCGGAGCUUGUGUCUCGCUGGGCCGUCUCAGUCUUGCCGACGCGGGCCUUCGCGGGCGCCUGUCGGGCGUUGCUCGGGUUUUCUCGGCGGCCGCGGGGGCAACCUUGACGUCCUCCUGGGAGCGCAUUUCGGGCUGUCUAGGCCGUCUUGGGAUCUCGUUGGAAACGCGCGGAGGCCCCGCAACCUACAUGUUAUUGCCGCCCUGUUUUUUCCCGCGCGGGUCCAAUCCCCGCGAGAGUAGUUCAUUAUGAUCCUCCUCUUCCUCC